AAACAAAUCAAAAGUCUUAAAUUUUCAGGAUAAUCCAAAAUAUUCGUUUGUUUUGCAUUGGGCUCUUAAACAAUUCUAUCACUUCGAUUUUCUUUUUUUAUAAUCGUGAGAAGAAACUUUAGGGUUUUACUGUUUCAGAGUUUUGAUUGGUGAAUUAUAAAGAUGCAGCAAUCUCCACAGAUGAUUCCGAUGGUUCUUCCUUCAUUUCCGCCCACCAAUAUCACUACCGAACAGAUCCAAAAGUAUCUUGAUGAGAACAAGAAGCUGAUAAUGGCGAUUUUGGAAAAUCAGAACCUCGGUAAACUUGCAGAAUGUGCUCAGUAUCAAGCUCUUCUCCAAAAGAAUUUGAUGUAUCUCGCUGCAAUUGCGGAUGCUCAACCUCAGCCACCACCAGCUACACUAACACCAGGAGCCAUGACUCCUCAAGCAAUGGCUCCUCAUCCGUCAGCAAUGCAGCCACCACCAAGCUACUUCAUGCAGCAACAUCAACAAGCUGUGGGAAUGGCUCAACAAAUACCGCCCGGGAUUUUCCCUCCAAGAGGUCCAUUGCAAUUUGGUAGCCCGCAUCAAUUUCAGGAUCCGCAGCAACAAUUACAUCAACAAGCUAUGCAAGGGCACAUGGGGAUUAGACCAAUAGGUUUAAAUAAUAACAACGGACUGCAACAUCAAAUGCAUCACCAGGAAACAGCUCUUGGCGCAAACAAUGCGGGUCCAAACGAUACUAGUGGAGGAGGUAAACAGGAUGGGACCAAUAUGCUCCAGAGUGGAGCUGAUGGGCAAGGUGGCUCAGCCGCUAGACAUGGCGGUGGUGAUGCAAAAACUGAAGGAAAAUGAAAUGGAGGAAGAAGAAAUUAUGCUUCUUGUUGAUAUUAAAUAGGUUCUUCCUUU